AUGAUCAGUGCAUCGGCCAAGAACUUGUACAAGGGUAUCCAUUUCCACCCCAGUUACGCGUUCAUGGACCAACUUCUGACCGAGAUGUUCAGCCUUGCCAAAAUUCCAUGCCAUUUGCACGAGGUUGACGGCGCGUACAGCGACGAGCGAUUUCAUGCGUUUUGCUUGACACAGGACAAGUACAAUCCAGGCAAGGGUGGUGUGUUCGUGGAUGCAGUCAGAUGCCAAAACCAUGCAACCCAUUUGAUCACGGUGUCAAUGAUGAGUUUGAUCCAAGGGAAUUUGCUUUCAAAGUUGUACCAGCUUAGCGUAUUUCUGGCCAAUCUUGGUUAUGUUCUUCGCCUUCAACUGGCUCUGAAAGAGUGGAUAUUGGAACAUCUGGAAGUACAUGAGUUCAGUGACACGCAAGCCCUUCAACCAGAUCCUCUCAUGACUGAAAUCGUAGACUACCUGGUAGCAUCACACCACCAGCAGCAGCAGGAAGGAUCCAAACGAGCUACAGCUUUUGACAGGCACAUUCGGGCUUUUCGGGACAUGUGGAACGGCAGGGUAGAGUAUGUGAGACACAUAUUGCUAAAUCUCUCAGCUUUGAUCUACCACAGGAAAGCGUACUACGAAGAGCUUUCAAAGCAGUCUGAGUUGGAAGCAAGCUACAAAAGAGCGUCCAAAGCCUCUUCAACCAUCCAGCACUGCACCCAGCAGCAGGGCAAUUCAGCAUUGCAGGACCAGAAAGAGACGUGUCAGCAUGUGGCUUCAGGCCGAGCAGCUGUGGAUGAAUCUGUCAUUUGCUUGCCGCAGCAGCCAUCUGCGAAUGGGACAGCAUGGCCGAUGAAUCCUUGGAUAUUGAGUGCAGAGGUUUUGGAGAGAGAUGCUGACCUACCUGUCCUGUGCAACAGCAUCCACAACACAUUGGCCGAGAUGUCUCAAGCAAGUUCCUCCGCUGCAGAUUUGCUUGGAAUGAGGUUGUCUAAUGAUAUGCACUACACUGCUUUUGUUUCCCGUAUCAAGCAACCCUUCGUCUCUUUGGUUUCAGCAUGUGGGCCUAUAAGUGAUGCUGCAAAAGAGCCCAUACUCCUUUGUUGCAGCAUUGUCGGAUCUGACAAGAUUGAAAGAGAUACUUAUGCUUGGUUGCUUGCGCCAGCUGCCGUCAGUGGCCCUCAUCAAGCCAGACAAGUCUUUGCUUUGUGCCAAAUAAUUGUGGUAGCUGAGGAAGAUUCUAUUGUGCUUGAUUUGCAAUCGUUGCCUUACAUUCCAUCAUCGGUUCCGUUCGCAUCACAUUCUUUGCCAGUGGGACCAUUGCAGCACAUGAACCAAGACGAGUUUGCUGUGCACAUUGUUUGUAGCUGUGGUGAUGCUUUGGAUGUGCAACCAGAGGAAGUUAGAAUUGAGCGCCUGGCUUUCGAAAACAUUACCUUGAGCCGGGUGAAGGUCAUCGGAAUCUGGGGUAGUUUCCUGCCAAUAUGCAUCAAAAUGAAUGAAGAGACGGUGGUUCCUUGCGAGCCUGGCGUGAACAAGCUUCCUCCUCCAAAGAAAUCCAAAGUGAAGCACAGCUCUGCUGUGGAUUUACUUGACCUGGUGUGUGUUGAUGCAUGCAAGGAUUCCAAGAAAAACUCCUGCAAAUCAUCGACGGCAAUCCCCAAGUCAAGCGCGAAGAUCAGGAAAGCUAUCGUUGAAGAGUUCCUGGCAGAACAAUGCAGCGAGAACGAGAUUGUCGACACGUCCUCUUUCUUUCCAGCAGAGGAUCUCCUUUUGCCAAAGGAGAAUCAGAGUCGCGCUUUGAUCAAAGCUGUGGGAGAUGCAAGUGUUGCUGAAACCCUGGACCAUCAAGCAGCAAAAUCGUUGUUGGAAGCUGUUGGUGCAUGCCAAGAGCAGCAUUCGAGUAAGGUAGAGAUCGAGUGUGACUUUGAUGAGUCAGAUGAGGAAGUCUCAGCUGAAAUAUCCACAUUUACAGAUGCGGACAAAGACACGGCCACUUCCGUCAGUGUCAAUGAUUCUGAUAUCCCUGGCAGUGAUCAACAGCAAAACCAAAUGAGGCAAAGGAGUGAUGUGCUCGAUUUGCUGACGUCAUCACAGCAAGAAGCGAGCGCAGGUGCAAGUGCAAGUUCAACAUCAUUGCCUACACCGACAGUGCCUUCUAUAGUGAACACUACCUUGAAGCAGCUUCCUGAUGGAUCGUCCUUGGUUCUUCGUGCCUACAAGAACUUCAGGAUCUUCGAAAAGUGCAAGUCCAGACUCGACAUCAUCCCCUUUCAAAUUCGCUUUGGCUACGGAGGGGACAUCACUACCAGUGGAGGUGGAGGAGCCAAGGGAUCCAAGUCUAAGAAGGUUCCCAAGCAACAUGCCAAGCCCAAGGGACCUUGCAAGAAGCCAGCCGCAUCUCGAGCAUCGAUGCAAAAGGCAGCGUCCUCCACCACAAGCCCAAAGAAGCGACCUUCUGGUCGUCCUUCCAAAAGGCCUGCUGCUGAGAUGCGGAAUCAGAAUCCUGAUCCUGAUUCACAGAAUUUCUUCACCACCGAGGAUGGCAUUUUCAUGAGCUUUGACUACAUCGUCCCUCUCACGAAGCAGCAAGCCAACCUGCUUCCCAUGUCGGAGAAGCUGGAACUGAUGGAGGACGAGAUUUACCAGGAAUGGUUCGAGAUGAAGGAGCACAAUGCAUCCUUUUUUGAGCCGAGUACCGCUUUGCCAAUCUUCAUGGAAUCUCACUUGAGAGAGCGGGGAUUUCCAGAACCUAUGAUUCAGGUCGAGAGCAACUUCGAGGCCUACACCAAAGAUCUCGAUGAAUGGGAAAGCAACCGCCGGGAAGGCAAGCGCUUUCGACACAAUUCGAACUCUGUGGAGGCUGAGACCAAGAACUCGUUGACCACGAGGCAGCUCAAAGGAUACCUAUGGACCAAAGAGCUCCUGCAGAAGCAUGGCGAGGAGAGCUUGUGGAAGAAAAGUAAAGCUACGACCAUUGUUCAUAUGAACAAACCAAUUUCAGGAAUGCUCAGAGACAAGUGGAUCCUUGGAGCAAUCGACGUCUACGAAGACUCCAGCCACAGCGCUGUUCGUCGACAUGAUGUUUGUAGCGGUGAUGACAAGGCAGAUGCUGAUGCAGCUUGGAAUGCUUUGUCCAAUCAGGUGAAGCCAACUGUUGAGACCGAUGAGGACGAUCCUGGCACUAUGCAACUGAAGUGUUCCAAGAAGAUCAAGCUACAGACCGAGGAGGGCGAGGAAUCCUUUGCAGAUCUUUGGGGGGUCUCCUUCAUAGUCGGUGCCGAGGGCAGUGGCCAGGUGAAGGGAAAAGCAUCUGAGUAUUCUCGGGACUUUGACAUCACAGAGAGGGCUAUUCAACAGGUUGAGGACCUCAAGACCAGUGUGUCCAACGAAGCUAGCUUCCUGUCUGUGAACUAUGGCAAAGCCCAAUCAGUGCUGGACAAGAUUUCAGCUCGCAACACGGAGUCCAUGCAGAAGCUCUACCGGGAAGCCACGCAACAAGGUGCCAACGCAGUUGGCACUGAAUUGCUCAGACGAACGAUUCAAGCAGAAAAGCAAGCCUCUGCCAUUGCUUCAUUCGUUGCCGCACUUCACGACAAUGAGGCUUCAUCGCAGACUCUACAGCAAACCAUGGAAGCUGCUCGUUUGGAGAGUAUGGUGAUUCCUUCGAGUGCUGACAAGAUUGGCAAGUUGAAGGAGUUGGCCAAGGCUUCGGACUGGACAGCCUACCUUCGCGACUUGGACAUUGACACCGGCCUUGCGAAGAUCUUUGACGCGCAAAACACGAGUGAGAUCUUUGAUUUCCAGGCAUCGUCUAUGACAUCUUCUUUGAAGACUAUGCUGAUGCAAGAAUUGAAGAUUGAGCAGAAGCCGUUUGAUGGGUCACCUGAUGACAAGGAUGCGGUCAAAAAGUAUGAGGAGGAGAAGAAGGCACUUACGUCCAAGCUGGGGAUGUCACUCACGAAGCAGGCCAAGGAUCAAAUGCUAAAGCUUGCCCUGCUUUGCCAGCACGUGCUGAAGCCAGCUAAUGAAUCCUUGAGUCAAGACAGCAUUGACCAAAUCAAGGAAGCUCGUUCCACUUUGAUCCAGUCCAAGGACAAGGGCACCUUUCACGAUGCCUUGACGCUGUUUCCUGUGGGGAUGUUUAUCCAGCAGUCUGCAGCUGAUAUGAUUGCCAGCUACUUUGACAAGGGCUUGAGUGGUGAUAUUGACGUAGCCCUGGAGAUUUGUGAUGGCUUGAAAACCUAUACUGCUGAUUUGCUUCUCAAAGACAAACCCAGUGGUGAGACAGCCAAUGGAGAGCGUGGAAUUGAUGUGGAAUUUGUCCUCCCAAACAACAACAAGCUGGCGGAGUUGGCGCAGAAAGUUUGCUUGCUAGAGGAGAAUGCGUCUGCUCGGCUGAAGGCCGAAAGGGAGGACGAUAUCAGGAAGCUUGAAAGCAAAAUGCUUGAGGUCGUGAGCGCGCUUUACUCUGCCACAUCCAUCAAGUUCGCGAGGAAGCAUGGGUCCUUCAUUGAGCAAGCCUUCGAUGCUCUUAUUGAGGGCAAGGUGGAUCCGAGCGCUGAUGCCGUCAUGGCGUUGAGCAAUCGCUUGAAUGAUUUGGCAGGCACAAGCUUCUUGCCAUGUUCCAAGACGGUUCUUCUCAAAGCUUUGGGCGAAAAGCGCUAUUCCAAAUUCGAGGUGGUCAUGAAUGACAACAAGACUUUCUACGCCAGCUUCAAGGCCGCCUACCCGAGCCUGGUCUCUUUGGUAGCCAAGCCAAAGGAGAUCGUUCCUUCUGGGCUACUGAAUGAGGCCUUGGAAGACUUCAUGUCUCACUUGUCAAAUGAUGCCAUGCUGCUCCAAAUUGGUAAGCUUGAGCGUUUGAGGGAGAAAGUUCGUCUCGGUGCUCAAGCUGUUCUUGCCAAGAAUUCGGAAAAGCUUGUGGCGGAGUUCAUUUGCCUCUGCGGCAUGGAUGAGGUGGACGUGAAUGGAUUGCUAUCGAAGAAAGUGGUGGGAGAGUUUGGAGAUGCAAACGAGGUUGAGGUCCAGGGCGACAUGUACUCCCGCAUUUUCCAGCUCUUCUUUGAGAAGGUGGACGAGAACAAGCAAGUGAUGCAGGUUAAGGAUGCUUCUGGCGCUGAGGUGUCUCUGCCUUGUUCUGCGGUAUGCUUCGGUUCGUCUCUUCUACCUCUGGCAAAGAAGAUUCUCUACUUGGAGGAGGUUGUGGAGCAGGCGUCCAAGUUGCCUACGGUUGCAGACAACCUCCCCACUGCCCAAAAGGAAGGCAAGGAAUUGCUCGAGAAGACAGCAAUGCAGUUCAUGCUGCAGAAUGGGUUCGAACCUUUGCAAAUGUUGUUCAAAUGCCUUGUCUCAAUUGACACAUGCUUGGAACACGUCAAGUACAAGCCGGGCACGAAGGUCUUCAUGAAUUGCAAGGAGCGUUUGAACGGCAUUUUCAAGAGUAUGGUGAAUGUGAUUCGCGAGGAUAUGACCAAGGUUGAAGCACUCACCAAAACCACUCUUGAUGGACUUGCCAAAGACUAUGAUCUCGUGAAGAUGUUUGAGAGCGAGGACAUUGAGCCAGUGAUGGUUUCCAAAGCUUGUACAGACCCACGCACUGCCCAGCUCUUCGUUCUGUGCUCCCAGGGCGAGAGUUGGCCCGCUACCAAUUUCACAGAGAAGAGCGAGUCCGAGGACGCGAGCGAGUACGAAGAAGGCAGCGAGUCGGAGGAGGCCGAGAGACCUGUCCUGAAGCCUCGUUCUCCAGAGCACGAGGAGGCCGAGGAAGAGAAAAGGGACAAAAAGGCCGACAAGAGGCGUUCGAGGGACAGCCACCGUCACUCGAAGCACAAACGCUCCGAAAAGGAACACAAAGGGCGCUCUAAGGAGAAACACUCCAAGAAGGACAGGAAAGAAGACGAGGCAGAGCGCCGGGGAAGGAGCGCAGAGAAGCGCCGAGGAGAGAAGCCGCCGGCAGAAACACGCAAGGGAGACCACAGGGCCGGCAAAGGCAAGCCGCAAAGUACGAAAGGCAAACCGCGAGGGUCUAGCGCAGGGUCGCGGGUGAAGUGCGACAUCUGUCACCAGUGGACCACGGGGCACGCCAGCGGCCAGCAGCAGCACAAGGGAUCCAAUCUCUUGCGCUUGACCUGGCAAGCGUGGAAUGCUUUGGCGCCUGAGAGUCGCCUCCAGAAGGGUGCGUGUGCAAGCUGCGAGAAGAGGGCAGCUGCUGCACAGCGCCGCCACAUGCGGUGGGACGAGUACGAGGAUGUGGUUGUGGACCCGGUCAUAGCUCUGGAGAAAGAAGAGCAAGACCGCGCCCAAGCAGCCGAAAAAGAAGCGCGCGAAGCCACAGCCUGUCUCAUCCUCUCCGUCGCCGCCUGCGCGGCGGCCCAAGAAGAGGAAGGACACCAGUUCGAGCAGCGACAGGGGUUCUGCGCGAACCGGCGGAACCCCCCCGAGGGGGUCGGGCGAUCUAUGUCCAGGCGCGACCUGCCCGAAGAGCCCGGCAGGCUGAAAGGCAAGACCUUUCAGUGCCGUCCGUGCUUGACGCUGCAAAGCUUGCUGUACAGGAACGUCGGCGCCGGGACGCUGGACAAGUGGACUCAAGACCAAAAGAAAGACUUCUUUCGCAAGGUCGAGGAAGAGAUGCUGCUUCGCGAGAAGGCCAUCACGAAGAAGCCAGGAAAGUCCGGCAAGCGCAAAAAGACCGACGAGAAGGAGGAGGAAGUGGAGGACGCGCAGGAAGACGAGUGGGACGUGGCCGCCCCACAGCCGAAGACAACUGCCGCUGCAAAGGCGAAAGGAAAAGCCUCCAAGGGCGGAGCAGCCGAAGAGACGCAGGCGGCCCAGGCGAAGCGACUCGCAAAGACGAACCAGAAGACGGACAAGGACAAUGAACGCACGCUAGGAGAAGCAGUCAAAGCUUUGGCAGCAUUGACGCCCCAAGUCAAGGCCCUGAUCACCGUGAAAACUCAGGCACAGAAGCUAUUUUUGCCUGUAGAGUCGAUAGAAGCAGCUCUGCAGGACACGCAGGAGAAGAAGACUGCGGCCAACAACGUGGUUAUGGCGGGAAACCACGUCGCGGCCCACGCGAUCAAGUCCCUCCUCUCCGAGACGAGGAAGACCAUCAAGGCGCAGAAAGACCGUCUGGCCGAGGAGAAGGAAGCGCAAGAGCAGAAGCACGCCCGGCAUGGUGAGGAGAUACACGGAGUUCUGAUAUCGAACAAGCGAGUGCAUCUCUACGGUCCUCGCUUUGCGGACGUUGGCGUCCACCACAAUUUGCGCACUAUGUUUGCUGACAUGGGUCCAGUCCAGGUCGACUCCUCCGAGGAUGAGACCUCUGCAAAGCAAGAAUCCUUGCCUAUGAAAUCUGGCUUGGCUGAAGAGACCGUCGACGUCCUGGAACCAUUGGAGGCUGAAUUGGAAGCUCGGAUGUCAUGGGACGGUGAGCUGUCCACAUGCGUCAUCCAUAUGGGGAAAGCCUUGAAGGUGGUGCGAGACACGCUCCGCCCUGCGCGGGCGGAGCUUCAACGCAGUUCUGUCUGCGUCGACGGAUCUGCGGGCGCUUUCGAUUUCGAUUCCUCAUCUGGCGCGAGUGCAUGA